UUCUAAUCAAGCUACUAAUUUGAGUUUUUGUUUUUAUUCAAAGAAAGGAUCUUAAAAAUAUGGGUGGAGAAAGAGGUAGUGCCUUGGCCGCGGCUUUGGUGAUGCUGGUGGCCGUGGCCGCGCUUGCUGAAGCCAAGGAGUAUAACGUGACUUGGUCGCUACCCGCUAUUCCACCCCUCUUGGAUGUGACAAAGGAUGACACAGUUAAUUUCGUGUUCGACGCAACCGACCUCGAUUUGGUAAAAGUUCCUGAUAAGAGCAGUUUUGAUGCAUGCAACGGAACAGGGGCACAGGUUUUACAGUCCAAAACUUCGGCGGCCCCAACUGUACCUGUGCGCCUAAAUCAAGGCCUAAAUACUGGGCAUAACUACUUCAUCUGCGAUAUUGCAAACAUUUGCAGUGAAGGAAACACGAUGAUUACUAUCAAUGUCAACUGAUGUGCUGUUGCUGUUUCCAAGACAAAUAUUAUUAUCAAUGCCAACUGAUCAUGUGUUGUUGUUCCAAUAAAUCAUUCAUCAGUAAAAUGAUGAUAUGAGUAAUGCAACAAAGCAUCUGCCUAUUUAUAGACCUUUUCACGUACGAUACUGUUUCUUAAGGAUGUUAGACCUGCUUUUAUUCUAAUAUAUAAAAAACUAAUAGUCAUGUUUAAAUAUAUAUUCAUAAUUUCACAUAAAAAUGUGUUUAAAAAAGGAUAUAAGUAUGUAUGAAAUUUUAUAGUAUAAAGGUACAUAAGGGUGGAUCUAACUCAUAAUAUGAGUGGGGGCCUACUUGUUUCUAAGAAAUAAAUAUAUCACAUCAUAACAAAGUAUAAAUACAAAAAUACACAUGCAUAUAAAUUCUUACGAGUUUUCAUAGUUUGGUAUGAUUCUACAAUAAGGUCUUUACAUUUUUUUUCGGCCUAACAAUAUUAUAAUUCACCUUAAUUAUAUUUGGACUAAAAGUAGCCAAUUUUGAAAUAUUUUCACAUACUCUUUUUUGUGAAGACUAUUUAUAA